AUGAGAUACAUGCGCCGAGUAUUCUUGAGGAGAACAUUGGAAAAAGAAUCCUUUAUGGGAUUGAUUGAUCUAUCGACAAGCUUCUCAAUACAGGUCGAGGAUGUCAGCACACAGGACCAAUCACAACCCAGCAGAGACAGGCCGCCGCUAGAAAGUCUUAUAUCGGUGCACGAUUUUGAAGAUGUCGCCCAAAAGUUUUACACUGAGAAGACGUAUGCCUUCUACUCGUCUGCAGCCACAGAUUUGAUAACCCAUAAGGCAAAUAUAGAAAGCUACCGGAAGCUUCUACUUCGACCACGAGUCUUACGCAAUGUCAAGAACGUGUCAAUAAAAAGGACGAUUCUCGGAUACGAUAGCGAUGCGCCUUUCUUCGUCAGCCCAGCAGCGAUGGCAAGGCUGGCUCAUCCCGAUGGAGAAUUAGCGAUUGCAAGGGGCUGUGGGGCUCAAGGGGUUAUUCAUACUGUUUCGAGUAACGCAUCUUAUCCUCUCAGCGAGAUUGUUAAAGCUGGUUGUCCUGGUCAACCAUUCUUCUUACAGCUAUACGUGAAUUCAGAACGCUCCGAAACAGAAGAGCUACUACGAAAGGCCAAAGACCUUGGGGUACGUGCAGUAUUUGUUACAGUUGACGCUCCCAUUCCAGGGAAACGUGAAGCAGACGAGCGAUUAUCAGCCGGUAAUCUAUCUUCACCUGUAAGUGGAGCUGUGGCUUCAAAUGACAAGAAGGGCGGUGGCUUAGGUCGCGUCAUGGCCAAGUACAUUGAUUCUACUCUCUGUUGGGAGGAUCUGACUUGGAUCCGACGAGUUGCCGGGCUGCCGAUUGUGCUGAAAGGUAUACAAACGGCGGCAGAUGCCGGGAAGGCUGUUAGGCAUGGAGUAGAAGGAAUAAUGCUGAGCAAUCAUGGAGGACGCUCUUUGGAUACGACCCAACCUGCGAUUCUCACGUUGCUAGAAAUCCACAAAGAGUGCCCAGAGAUCCUUAGCAAACUCGAGAUAUAUGUGGAUGGCGGCAUCCUGCGCGGCACAGAUGUUCUCAAAGCUCUUGCUCUGGGAGCCACUGCCGUAGGUAUAGGCAGGCCCUAUCUCUAUUCUUUAGCCUACGGACAGGAGGGCGUUGAGCAUUUGACAGAAAUAAUUUUGAAAGAUGAGGUUGAAUCGGCGAUGAAGCUCACUGGCAUCACUGAUGUGGAUCAGGCGCACGCUGGAAUGGUAAAUACAGCUCGUCUUGAGCCGCUGAUCAGAACAGGAGAGUCACAUCCUUGGAUCCAGUGGAAGCCGAAGUGUAUGCUCUGA